AGCGGAACUAGCGAGAGAGGAGUUUGGCUAGAGAGGCUCAGCAAUCAGAAAGACUAAACAUAGAGCGACCCAGCGUUUAGAGAGAGGGGGACUGAGAUGCUCCAGAACCAACGAGAGUUGUGAUAGAGUGGCACCAGCCGACUGAGCCGAGAGAUGCUUGUUUAGACCCACAGAUCAUUGAGAUAGAGCAGCCUUGUAUGAGCGGGGCGGUAGGUUGGCUUUAUACCUAGAUAAUGACUGUGCCUACUCCUCAACCACUGCUAAGUGUUUACAGUGUGUGCCAGUCUCCUUACUGUGAUUCUUUAACCAAGAAUAAGUGUGUCGGUAGAGGAACACCUCCUUCUGACUGAGAUGUUCCUCAUGUCCAGGGUUUGUCACUAUGAACCGGUAUACAACAAUCAAACAGCUUGGAGAUGGCACUUACGGCUCCGUCCUCCUUGGGCGAACUGUGGAGACUGGAGAGCUGGUGGCCAUUAAAAGGAUGAAGAGGAAAUUUUAUUCUUGGGAUGAAUGCAUGAACCUUAGAGAGGUUAAGUCACUGAAGAAGUUAAAUCACGCUAAUGUCAUCAAACUAAAGGAAGUAAUCCGAGAAAAUGAUCACCUCUACUUUGUCUUUGAAUACAUGAAGGAGAACCUCUAUCAGCUGAUGAAGGAUCGGAACAAGUUAUUUCCUGAAUCGACAAUUAGAAACAUUAUGUACCAGAUUCUUCAAGGGCUUGCUUUUAUACACAAAUACGGGUUCUUUCACAGGGACUUAAAACCUGAAAACCUCCUUUGUAUGGGUCCAGAACUUGUGAAAAUAGCUGACUUUGGACUAGCUCGAGAAACUAGAUCAAGACCGCCUUACACAGACUAUGUUUCAACCAGAUGGUACAGAGCUCCUGAAGUUCUCCUUCGAUCAACCAACUAUAACUCCCCUAUAGAUCUUUGGGCAAUCGGCUGUAUCAUGGCAGAAGUUUAUAUGCUCAGGCCUCUCUUUCCAGGCUCUAGUGAAAUUGAUACAAUGUUCAAAAUUUGCCAAAUCCUGGGGACGCCAAAGAAGACUGAUUGGCCCGAGGGCUACCAGCUUGCCAGUGCAAUCAGCUUUCGAUGGCCCCAAUGUGUACCAAAUAAUCUGAAGACCUUAAUUCCCAAUGCUAGCAGUGAUGGGAUCCAGAUCAUGAGAGACAUGCUGCAAUGGGAUCCUAAAAAGAGGCCAACCGCUAGCCAGGCACUCCGUUACCCUUUAUUUCACGUUGGACAGGCUCUUGGAACACCUCAGAGAAUACAAGAGAUAACUAAGCAGCAGAAGGACCUUCAAGAGAAGCAAAUCCCAUUUCUCAUCAAACCUGUGCCCCCUCCUCAGCCUCCACCAAAACAUCAGACUCGGCUGUCAGCUAGAGCCUAUCAGCAGGGCCAGCAAAAUGGACAGCUGAUUAAAAUGAAUCCUUCUAUUGAUAAUGCAACUGGUAACACUCUAGACAAGGGCAAAUCAGACCAGCCUUUCCUGCCAGCUCUACUUACCAGGGCUCCACAGCAUAAUUUAAUCUCUAGUACUGAGAGCACAAAUACAGACCCUAACCUUAAAAACAGGAGAAGGUGGGGGCACAUCACAAAAGCGCUCAAAGCAUCUGAUAAUUGGGAUGACCUGGAAGAUCUUGAUAUCCAUUCUUCAGCUGUUAAAUCUGAUGUGAAAAAUGAAAAGAGAAGAUCAAGCCAUGGCCUGUAUAGCUUUGAGAGGAUUGUAGAUUUGAAGGCCCCAGACACUGGUACAGCUGGACAUGUACAAACAUCUUACUCUCGGCAGGACACUGCGACAUCCAGGAAAGCGUCAGCAGCUAAACAGCAUUACUUGAAGCACUCCAGGUAUUUACCUGGGCCUAGUGUCAAAAACAGUGCUGCACAUAAUCCAAAGCAAGAUGUUCUGAACGCCUCGAACUCCUGGCCAAAUGCAAAGCAGCUCAUCAAACCUUUAGGCUUUGCAACAAGCACCAGCAGCAGACUUGCAGGGCACACUGGAAGCAAUGGACAAGUUGCUGGCUAUAUUCCAUCCUACUUUAAGAAGGAAAUGGGCCCUAUUGCACCGAAUAUGCAUUUAGCACCUCUUACAGAUCCAAUUCCUAACUAUGCAUCUCUGAAGACAGGAUCGUACCUAGGACAGCCUUUUACCUCCCCUAAUAAGAACCCCUCUGGAUUGUCACCCAGAAUACCCCCUCCUGUCCAUGCAAUUCACGGUAGAACAGACUGGAUUUCCAAAUAUGGGGGACGCAGAUAGAAAAGCAGAAGCACUUUAUUUAACUACCUUAACAGUUUUUCCUACUGUUUGUGUAAAAGUUCUCUUUUGAUAAUUUUUAUUUUUUUAUUACGACAAAAAUAGAGGAUUCUGGAAAUACAGAUAAUACUUUGUGUACCUUUUGGAAUAUACAUUUUAUUCUUUACAGUUAUUUUCUGUAAAAUAUGAUCACCAUCAACCUGUAAUUACACAGUGUCAUUCUGCUGGCGGUGUUGGAAGCUCCUUGCACCUCUGCUUUGACUGGUUAUUACUGGGGUAUAUCCAGCAGUUCCUAUGUGAAGGAGUGGCAUGUUUUUGUGUGGAUAUACCUUCAAGUACUGAGUUUAAGCUCUUGAUAAAUCAUUCACAAGUAACAGCAAUAGGGGGAAUUGAUUAGGUGUGUAGGUGAUACACUGUUAUGCAGGGAAGGGUGCAAAUUAGAUGCUUAGCAUAGUCAUAUGACCAAUAUCACCAUUUCAUCACUAAAGGGACUUUUGAUUACUUGUGUGUCUCUUGUGCAAAACUUUGCACUUUAUCCCCACUAGAAACAUCUCCACGUUUUUGUGUAUGAGACAAUGUGAUUAAAACUUUAAUAUUAAAGUGGCUGUUUUUUAUUCUCAGAUUUGCUUUAGCCUCUUGGUAUCCUUUUGUUGAAGGGGAAGCAAUGCACUACUGGGAGCUAGCUGAACACAGGUGAAGAAAUGACAAGAGGCAUUUAUGUGCAGCAACCAAUUACCAGCUAGCUCCCAGUAGUGCAUUGCUGCUCUUGAGCCUACCUACGUAUGUUUUUCAACAAAAGAGAACAGAGCAAAUUAGAUCAUAGAAGUAAAUUGGAAAUCAUGUUCUUUCUAAAUCAUGAAAGUUUAAUUUUGACUUUACUGUCCCUUUAAAUAAUAUAAGGCUUAUUAUUACAGGAUGGCAGAAUAGGAACAACACUUUAAAAAAUGAUGUUUACAACAUUAUUGGUAUGGUUUAUGUUUUUCUACCAGAAUGCAAUUGAUAUGGAGUCAGUGUUAGGUUAUUUUACUCAUUCAGUACAACUUAUGCUAUGUGAAGAAUAUUUGUUACCAGUUUUGUCAUUUUUUACAGUUUAUAGUUCUCCUUGUUAUCUUCAAUUAAGGUAUAUUUUUGUUUACUUUUCAAAGCAAUUUAUUUGUGUGAUAUGUCCUUAAGUGCUUUAUUAUAUGGAAAUAAUUUGUGUAACCAAAAUGUGCACAUGCCUUUUUGUUCCUCCUGUGGUUUUGUUAAAUUAAAUUAUGAUGAUGCUAUUUCUAAUGCAAAAAUGUCAUGCCCCAAUUCAUUAGAGCAAGUUAUUUUGCAUUACUGAUCCUAGCUUUUAAGCCCCAGAAAAGAUUUAAACACAUAGGUAAAGGCUCAAGAGCCCAACACAUUGUAGCUCAAAGCAGAAUCAGAAAUAGCAGGAGACUAUGUACAAAUGUUUCUGAUUUACUCAUUGACGUUUUUUCCAUUGAACGUUACCUAUGUUUUUUAACCUUUUAGCUAAUUAUAAAAUGUUUGUUAUUAAACCCAGAAUAUGCAUGGGUGAUGACAGAGUUAAACAAUCCUCCUAAGCACAAAAUUAAAGCGACAUGAAACCCCAAAUUUUUCUUUCAUGAUUCAGAUAAAGAAUAAAAUUUUAAAUAACAUUCCAAUUUACUUAUUUUAUCUAAUUUGCUUCAUUCUUUAGAUGUCAUUUGUUGAAGAAAUAGUAAUGCAGGUGGGUGAGCCAUUCAACAACUACUGAGCCUAUUUAGAUAUUUUAAGAAAGGUUAUCAAGAGAAUGAAGCAAAAGAAAAAAUUUGGUUUUCAUGUCCCUUUAAUGUUAGGCUUGAGUAGCUGUCUCAAACCUUCUCAGAUGGGUUUUUUUUUUUACAGAGACCUUUUAAAACGUCAGACGAGCCGUCUCCCUAAAUCCAGUGUACUGCAGAUAUCCAGCAAUGAGUUAGAGUAUUCCCUAUUCAAUAUUCAUUGAGAGAAGCGCUAGCUAAUGAUUAAGCAGCCCCAAUACUCUUGAAUUCUUACUGCAGAUACACGUGUAUAUAAAGUUAUACCCAUGGAGUCAUCACAGCGCAUGAGAUUACCUAAGAGGUUCUAUUGUUAAUCGUUUAUCUUUACUUAGAUUUCCUUUCUUUACCAUUGUGACAUAAUUCCCUAGUUUUAUGUUUACAUGUGCAUAAAUAUCAGCGUCAUAGCUAUAACCUGAUUAAGGGUGUAGUUGUGCCGAUAUGUGCAAUCCUACUCAGUGGAACACAACUUCUGUUGCAGACUCCUUAGAUAGAGCUUUUAUUGUAAAAUGAAGCUGUUGUAUAUAUUUCUGGUAUAAUCUGUAAAUCUAUAUGUAAAUGACGAAGCUGGUUGUUUGUAAGUAUAUGACUUAAAUUAAGGUAAUAGCCAGCAGAGUUGUAUGCACACACUUUUUAUGUCCCUGUUUUAUAAUUUAUAUGAUGUAUAUAUAUUAGAUUGCCAAGUUUUGUGUCACAGAAUACUAUUUUUCUAAAGCCUGCAGAUCUAUUUUUAAUCAGAAUUCAUUUAUGAAAUUAUAGGAUGACCAGAAAUAGUUAUAUUUACAUGCAAUUCUGUCCACCUUUUUAGUGGUACCAUUUCAUAUGUCCCCCCAUUUCAUGUAUGCAUAUGUUAUACCGAUUACUGUAGUUAAUACUUUAGAUCAUUUAUGUAUUUAAUAUUUUUCAUUAUUUUCAAAAUGUUAUUUAAUGUUUCCAGUAAAAAAAAUUUUUUUAAAGUUCUGUUACAUUCCAGUUAAAGGGAUACUUACCCCAAUUUUUUUCAUUCAUGAUUCAGAUAGAGCAUGCCAUUUUAAUCAACUUUAUAAUUUACUCCUAUUAGCAAUUUUUCUUUAUUCUCUUGCUAUCUUUGUUUGAAAAAGCAGGAAUGUAAGGUUAGGCGCCAGCCCAUUUUUGGUUCAGCACCUGGGUAGUGCUUGCCGAUUGGUGGCUACAUGCACCAGUAUUUAAACACCACACCCUCUUAAAGAGUUAUCAGUGGCUUGUAUGACUCACAGAUGCAAUACAUAGCACCAAGAGCUAUAUGAGCAUUCAUGGUGAGUGAUUACUGGUGCACAGGUUUUCAAAGGAUAUUUGCAUAUGACAGAAAAACCCUCAUAACUUUUACUAAAAGCUAAUGGAAGUAUAUUGCGAAAAUGCUUCUAUUAAAAAUUGAAAUGCACCAAUACACAUUUCAGUUUUGAUAUUUCUAUCUCUUUAAACUGCAGCUCUUCUAAUCACUCCAUAAAGCCCCAUAACUUCUAGGGUGCAGCAACCGAUUGGCUGUAUUGGCCAAGCCUCAAGCAUCUGGUGGUCUGCCAUAGGAGCUACUUUUAAUGUACUCUGCCCAUUGCAGCAGAUAUACUACCCCUUCAGUGUCUCAUUAAGCUCAUCAUGAACAUUUUUAAUUAUGAAUAAAUUGUCCUACACAUUUUUGCAUGUCUAUGGGGUUGACCACAAUCAUUUGAAAAGCUUUUCUAAAGCAUUCUCUGUAUGUUAGAAUUCCUUUUGGUUACAAGUGAAUUCCCUUGCACUGUGGGGGGUCUGUUGACCAUAUUUAGGUAUUUCCUUUGUCACUGACCUCUAUUGACAUGAAGUGUUUGAGAUAUGUGUUUGGUGUAGUAAACCUCAGCAGACAUUUCACCUUUUCUAGUUUAAUAUGGCCCAGAAAUCAAUUUGUGUCACCUUAUGACAAUUAAAAUUUUGAUGUAAUAUGCUGCAGUGUUUGGCCUUUCUAAGUAAUCUUUGUGUAGUAGUAGCAAAAUAUAUAUUUUUAUAUAUGCUUUUCUAGAAUAAUUUAUUUUAUCUGUGUAGAUAGUAUACUCGCCAUUUACUUUUCAUUCUGUAAUUUUGCAGUGCCAUUUCCUCUGACAGAAGCAUUCCCUGAAGCAUUGCUUCAACAGCGAUUGUUGCCAGUUACACGGGCUGUUGUGCCAAAUCUAUGCAUGUGUCAAGUUGUGUUCUAUUUAGUAAGAACAUCAAAUACAUAAUACUAGGUUUAAUAACUAUAUUGUGAAGGACAGAAGGUUCAGUUUGUUUUUAAUGGGUUUUCAUCUUUUUCCUGAUCUUUUAUUCCAUAUUUUGGAUAUGUCCUUUGAUAUGUUCAGUGAGUAUGGAUUGUGCAUGAGGUAUUUCAAAGGAGCAAAGAACUCUUCAUUAUUUCUGUGUAGAUCUGGUUACAAAACUAAAAUGUAUGUGCUCUCAAACUACAAUCACAAAUGUUGUCAGAAGACCUGCACAGCCCAUACGCAUUUGUAGUAUGACUUUCUGGAAACCUUAUACUAGCCACUUCUGGUAACUUUGUAGCACUAUGCAUGUGUGGCUGAUAAUCAGCAUAAGUAACAAAAGCGUAACCAGGAAAAGCUGCUAACAGCCCGGUUUUCUUUUUAGUUAUAAAUAUAGUGCAUUGAUAUUUUCUUUUAAUAUAUACAGUAUAUUGAUUAAUUGUUCCCAUGUUUCAUCUGAGUAGCCUAAUAUUGAUGCUUUUGUUUACUCCCUAUUCCUUUUGGAAUAACCACUUUGAAGUCACUUGUUAUAACUUUGAUGAUUUAGCACAAGAUAUUGUUUUGUUUUGUUGCUUUUUUUAAAUGUAUUUAUUUAACAUGGUGUAAUCAAUAAACCAAUCAAUUUGUUUAAGGACACUUUCUCCAGUGAUACCUACAGAUAUUCUAAUUUACUAUUCCUGACCAGCCCGUAAGGAUUGAUGGUAGCUACAGAUAAUCUUCUGGCCUCAAAGGUGCUUGUAACUUGUAACCAUGCUUAAAAGUAAAUAUGGCUUUUCUGUAUGUCUUUAAAAGCAUUGCAUUUUAUACAACAUAUACUGUACAAUAAAGAUUAUCUUUGAAGAA